AUGGGAAUUAAACAAGACACCACUAGACAUGACAAUCUUUCUUGUAGAACAGACUUUUUAUCAUUUUACUCUUCCACAGAGCAAUACCAUAAAUACUUAGUACCAUAUUUAGAAUAUAUUCAGUACCAUAAAUAUUUAGUACCAUAUUUAGAAUAUAUUCAGUACCAUAAAUAUUUAGUACCACAUUUAGAAUAUAUUCAGUACCAUAAAUAUUUAGCACCAUAUUUAGAAUAUAUUCAGUACCAUAAAUACUUAGUACCACAUUUAGAAUAUAUUCAGUACCAUAAAUACUUAGUACCAUAUUUAGAAUAUAUUCAGUACCAUAAAUAUUUAGUACCAUACUUAGAAUAUAUUCAGUACCAUAAAUAUUUAGUACCACAUUUAGAAUGUAUUCAGUACCAUAAAUAUUUAGUACCAUAUUUAGAAUAUAUUCAGUACCAUAAAUACUUAGUACCACAUUUAAAAGAUAUUCAGUACCAUAAAUACUUAGUACCAUAUUUAGAAUAUAUUCAGUACCAUAAAUAUUUAGUACCAUAUUUAGAAUAUAUUCAGUACCAUAAAUAUUUAGUACCACAUUUAGAAUAUAUUCAGUACCAUAAAUAUUUAGUACCAUAUUUAGAAUAUAUUCAGUACCAUAAAUACUUAGUACCACAUUUAGACGAUAUUCAGUACCAUAAAUACUUAGUACCAUAUUUAGAAGAUAUUCAGUGCCACUGUAAGAAGACUCAGAAUCACUUUUAUCAAUAA